AUGUCCUUUGAUAGAACCGAAGUCUAUGCGGCGCCGGUUCUUGCCGGUGAAGAAGUGGGUGAGAACGAAAAUUCGGAAAUCGUCAAGUCGUUCCACAAUUUCAUAUUGGAAUUCCGACUCGACGCACAUUUCGUUUACAGAGAACAAUUGCGCAGUAAUCUGCUGGUCAGAAAUUACUCCGUCACAGUCGACUCCGCGCAUUUGAUUGCGUACAACGAAGAAUUAUUCAAAAAACUGUGUGACGAACCCACAGACGUCCUGCCCUUAUUCGAACAGGCGGUGACACAAGUGGCACGACGCAUUGCGCUUCUGGCGUACGAUUCACGUGCGACAGGUCAACAGAACGCGACGUCUGCCACUGGAGGUUCUGAUACCAACGCCGAGGCCGAAAAUUGGUUCGGUGAACUGAACAAAUCCUUAAGUGCAGGGCCCGGCACCGAUGUGCCCGUUUGUCAAGUAAUUUUGACCUCUACGGCGUCUGAGACGCCACUUCGAAGCUUGGGAUCUGAAAACGUGUCCAAAAUAGUAAGAGUGAGCGGUAUUAUCGUGUCGGCGUCUGUGCUUUCCUCGAGAGCCACGUACUUGACUCUAAUGUGCCGAAACUGUCGCCACAUUACGACCAUGCGUCUUAACAAUUUUGGCACUUUGAGUGGUUCAAACGUUUCGCUACCAAGAACGUGUUUGGCUGACCAUUCCCAAGAGGCCUCUGCCGCUGCGUGUGGUCAGGAUCCCUAUAUGAUCGUGCACGAGUCUUCGCGGUUUGUCGACCAACAGUUUUUGAAAUUGCAAGAGAUUCCAGAACUGGUCCCCGUGGGAGAAAUGCCGCGUCAUAUUCUUAUGUCCUGUGAUCGUUAUCUUACCAACAGAGCCGUGCCUGGGACCAGAGCUACAAUCGUCGGAAUUUAUUCCAUUUACCAGGCAAAAAGUCGGAGCUCGGGCACGGCCGCUAGUGGCGGUCGUGCUGUUGCCAUCAGAAAUCCAUACCUUAAAAUUAUCGGGAUUCAAACCGCUGUAGACACAGCAAAUUCUACCGGCAAUGCAAUGAUCUUUUCGGAGGAAGAGGAGGAGAAAUUUCUGAACUUGAGUAGACGACCAGACCUCUACGAAGUUUUCUCAAAAUCUAUUGCACCCAGUAUCUACGGUAACGAGGAUAUCAAAAAAGCCAUUGUAUGUCUGCUGAUGGGUGGAUCUAAAAAAUUGUUGCCGGAUGGUAUGCGUUUAAGAGGUGACAUCAAUGUGUUAUUGUUGGGUGAUCCAGGUACUGCCAAAUCUCAACUUUUGAAGUUUGUCGAAAAGGUCAGUCCCAUCGCUGUGUACACCUCAGGUAAAGGGUCGUCUGCAGCCGGUUUGACCGCGUCGGUGCAACGUGAUCCAGCCACUAGAGAAUUUUACCUUGAAGGCGGUGCCAUGGUGCUGGCGGACGGUGGUGUGGUGUGUAUUGAUGAAUUUGACAAAAUGCGCGAUGAGGAUAGAGUUGCCAUUCAUGAAGCCAUGGAACAGCAAACGAUUUCGAUAGCAAAAGCAGGCAUCACAACCGUGUUAAAUUCGCGUACCAGUGUCUUAGCCGCUGCAAACCCGAUAUACGGUCGCUACGACGAUCUUAAAUCUCCUGGCGAGAAUAUCGAUUUCCAAUCCACCAUUUUGUCGCGUUUCGAUAUGAUUUUCAUUGUAAAAGACCAUCACAACGAAGAACGAGACAUCUCCAUUGCGCAUCAUGUGAUGAACAUCCAUACGGGCCAAGCUACGCUUGCAGAUGAAGACCAAGAAGGUGCUGGCGCUGAAAUCCCCAUUGAAUUAAUGAAACGGUACAUUACUUACUGUCGCACAAAAUGCGCGCCUCGACUUUCUCCACAAGCUGCAGAAAAACUGUCGUCCCAUUUCGUGUCAAUAAGGAAAAAACUUUUAAUCAACGAGCUUCAAAGCGAGCAAAGGUCCUCGAUUCCGAUCACAGUGCGUCAAUUGGAAGCCAUCAUCAGAAUAUCGGAGUCUCUGGCGAAAUUGGAACUAAGUCCCGUUGCACAUGAGCGACAUGUAGAUGAAGCAAUUCGUCUUUUCCAAGCUUCGACUAUGGACGCUGCAUCUCAGGACCCCAUUGGUGGUAUGGGACAAAACCCUGAUCUGGUACAGGAUGUGAGGCGGAUAGAGCAGGAAUUGAAAAGACGGUUACCAGUAGGAUGGUCCACCAGUUAUCAAACCCUUAAACGCGAAUUUUGCGAUCAGAAAAAUUAUCCGAUGGCCGCAUUAGAUCGAGCGUUAUACAUCCUGGAACGCCAUAGCGUUAUCCAACUCAGACACCAAGGUCAAAACAUCUACAGAAGCGGGCUUUAG